AUGGCGGGACAGGAGAGUUUUGCAGGUUUUGGCAUAGCUCAGCAAAAUCAUUAUUACUGGUACUGGCAAAGUCUCUCCUCCACUAUUAGGGGGAAGCCAGUGCUCCAGCCCUGCCAGGCUUACCACUCCGGCAACUGGUUUGAGCAACAGCACAGCGGUUACUCCCUUUCUGUCUAUAGCUGUGGCUGUGCAGCACAAGGAAAUGGACUUGACCUUUCUGUGCAGGAGACCUCUGGACCCCCAGCUGGAACUCUGGUCACGCCUAAGGAAAGCACAGCACUGGCAGAGAAGCAAGAUGAAGAGCCACUGGAAGAUCCAAACUUUCAUGUGAAUAUUGAGGAAUUAAACAAGGAGUUUAUGGUGAAAAGUGAGGAGCUCUACGACUCUCUCAUGAGUUGCCACUGGCAGCCUUUGGAUACAGUUCACUCCGAAAUCCCACAUGAGCCCCCAGAGAAGCAUGAUGGUCACUAA